AAUAAGAUGGCUACGCAACUUUCACAUAGUUCGUAGAAAAUUUUGUUGAUAAAAUUUUUCUUUUGUAGAAAUGUAGUAUAUUUAAUUCAAAGUCUGAAGUGUAAUGAAUAUUUUGGUAUAAAAUUCAAUUGACGAAGUUAUUUAAUAUAAACAGAACUAAUAUGGAUAAUUUAGAUGAAUUUCCCGAUAGUGCACAACUUCAGCAAGUGGAAGAAAAAAUUGGUUCAAGUCCAAGUCAAACAGAAAAUGUAGCUGCAAUAUCCACAAGCCCCAGUGCAACUGUUGCUAAUUCGCAAACGAAUAGUCCAACAGCUGGCACAGCGCAAACGAUAUUUGAUGAUGGUUAUCAAAUACUGUCAAUACACGAUAACAGUUAUCAGCAAAAUAUUGCCACAACAAUCAACAAUACAAACACUAAUAGCACCAUAACUGGGAACAGCAAUAAUAUUUUUAGCAACAUCAGCAAUAAUACGUCGGUUCAUCGUCAUUCAAUAAACUCAAACGAUUACUCAUCAACUCCCAAAUCUUCACGAAUUGAUGUUAGCAGCGGCGACACAAUUUCACCAGUUAAUGUUCCAUUUAAUGCAGUAAAUGAUGAAAACUCAUUACCACAAAAUGUAAACAUUGAUUGCAGUACACUUAAUGAAUCACAGAUUUUGUUAUCGACAGAGAUAUAUGCAGAAAGUGAAUGCAGCAAUAGCAACAUUACAAGCAAUUCUUUAAAUAAUUGCAGCAUAAAUACUAUCAAUACUAUCAACGGUACAAAUAGAAGUUCCAAUGUAAAUGGGUUAAUAGCAGCUUCAACGUCUGUGCCUUCAGUCAUAAAUAACUCAGUACCGCUUGUUAUACCAUUGCGUCAAGCACUGCUGCCCUGGGGUACGCAUUCGCGCACCUCAAUUAUAAAUAUAAUGCCUUAUACUCAGUCAGAUUGUACACAGUCGGUCCAGUGCCUAGGAAACGAAAUGAGUACCCUACGACCCGGUGAGAUCGUUAUGAGAAAUCUUUUUAGUGAUUUCACAGUACAAGCAGAGAAAAAAAUUGAACUGGUUAUGCUAGAAAGUGCAGAUAAGAAUCUUUCUAAACUCCUACAGCGCGGUGAAGAUCAGCAGUUCGAUCAGCUACUGUCUGCGUUAGGUUCUGUAGCCGAACAUUGUCUACCUUCUUUAUUGCAUACAUUACUAGCUUGGCAUCGUCGGCAAUUGUCAGAUGCUGAAAUUAAAAAUGAUCUCAAACGUAUGGAGAAGGCUACGCAACCGAAACCUGCCAUUGAAUUAGAAUAUCAAUUGCAGCGUCGUGAGGCUGCCGUUGAAUUUAUAUUUUGUUUAGCACUUAUUGAAAUACUAAAGCAAUUGCCGUUUCAUCCUGGACACGAAGAUCUUAUUCGCAAUAUUGAAAAUUUGGCUUUUAAGCAUUUUAAGUAUAAGGAAGGUUUACAAAAUAAUCCCAAUGCACAUAACAUACAUAUGAUUGCUGAUUUGUAUGCCGAAGUAAUUGGCGUACUAGCACAAAGCAGAUUUUCCUCUGUGCGUAAAAGAUUCAUGAGCGAAUUAAAAGACUUACGAGCAAAAGAACCAUCGCCAACAACAACUCAAAGUAUCAUAAGUUUAUUAAUGGGCAUGAAAUUUUUUAGAGUUAAAAUGGUGCCAAUUGAAGAAUUUGAAGCUUCAUUUCAAUUUAUGCAUGAAUGUGGCCAGUACUUUUUAGAAUUAAAAGAUAAAGAUAUUAAGCAUGCCUUAGCUGGCUUAUUUGUGGAAAUUCUAGUACCAGUGGCUGCUGCUGUUAAAAAUGAAGUAAACGUACCAUGCGUCAAGAAUUUCGUUGAAUUGUUAUAUGUACAAACUUUAGAUGCUUCAACAAAAUCUAAACAUCGCUUAGCUUUAUUCCCAUUGGUAACAUGCUUGCUUUGUGUAUCUCAGAAGACAUUCUUUUUAACGAACUGGCACUAUUUUCUGGCGAUGUGUCUCAGUAAUUUAAAAAAUCGCGACGCCAAAAUGAGCCGUGUUGCAUUGGAGUCUCUAUAUCGUUUGCUGUGGGUUUAUAUGAUACGUAUUAAAUGUGAGUCUAAUUCAGCUACCCAUUCACGUUUACAGAGUAUAGUUAAUUCAUUGUUUCCAAAGGGCUCCAAAGGCGUUAUACCUCGCGACACUCCCUUAAAUAUAUUUGUUAAGAUUAUACAAUUUAUAGCUCAGGAACGUUUAGACUUUGCUAUGCGUGAGAUAGUUUAUGAUUUAUUGUGUGUAGGCCGUUCGAUUAAGUUAAUACUUAAUCCAGAACGCAUGAGUAUAGGUUUACGAGCAUUUUUAGUUGUUGCGGAUUCGUUGCAGCAAAAAGAUGGUGAACCACCUAUGCCUCGCACAGUACCAGUACUGCCUUCGGGUAAUACUUUACGUGUAAAAAAAACUUACAUUAAUAAAAUGUUGACUGAUGAUACGGCCCGAAGCAUUGGUAUGUCUACUUAUUUUCCACAUGUGCGCAGAGUUUUUGUUGAUAUUUUGCGUGCUCUUGAUGUUCAUUACGGUCGACCGUUAAUGAUGACAAAUACACAAAAUCAAAAUAAGGAGCCCGAUGAAAUGUUAUCUGGUGAACGUAAGCCCCGAAUUGAUCUAUUUCGUACAUGUGUAGCUGCAGUGCCACGCCUUAUACCUGAUACAAUGACACCCCAGGAGUUAGUUGAUUUACUAUCGCGUCUCACUGUCCAUAUGGACGAAGAGUUACGUAUGCUGACUCAUCAAUCGCUGCAAACAUUAGUUAUUGACUUUCCGGAUUGGCGUCAGGAUGUCGUGCACGGGUAUACUCAGUUUCUUGUGCGCGAUGUCACCGAUACUUAUCCGCAAUUAUUGGAAAAUUGUACACGUAUGUUAUUUGUAUUUUUGAAUAUUUGGCGUUGCGCUAUUAAUGUUAAUAGUAAUGGAAAUGUUGGUACAAACACCUUGAAACCACCAACAACAGUUGUUUGCGUUAACACGGUAUCCACAGUCGGUGGUGUGUCCACUGGAGCUGGGAAAGAUACAGCUACAAGUCAAAUCUCAAGUGCAAGUAAUGCGAAAAGCUUGAAUACGACUUCAAGUGGCACAUCAAGUAUUACCUCAAGUGGUAUGUCGAGCAUAACACAAACCACAGUGAUUAGCAUGCAUGAUCCCACUAAAAAGAAUGAAAUACCACUUGCCACAACUUUGCAUUUUGUUGAGGGCUUUGCACUAGUCUUGUUAUGCAAUUAUCGUCCAUUUUUGCGUAAAUUGGCAGCUAUGAUAUUAAAAGAAGUAAAAAAUUUGAUGAAAGCAUUGGGUAUACCAGAAACAGAACCACCCGUAAUUGAUGUUAUAGACAAAUGUUGUCCUCAAGUGCUUGAAAAGUGCUUACCACAUUUGCCUCAAACCGAUAAGACUGCAAUUUUAAACGCGAACGUUAUUGAUCUACAGUGGAUAGCUGAACGCACUAGUGGUGUGUGGUUAGCGGGAAUUACAGACGAAACAUCUAAAUCAUCAACAUCAACUUUGAAUUUAUCGCAAGCAAGCAAUUCACAUCAACAUCAGUUUGAUCCAUGGGCAAUCUGUUUAGCAGGCUUCUUUGAACGAAAUCAUAUUUUGCAGCAAUGUCCGUCUGCAGUAGCACAAGCUUGGCCUAUCUGCUAUUCUCGUGUUUCAACAUUGUACAGUGUUAUUGAUCCAACGCCAGUUAGUGACAAUCGUGCCUCUCUAUUACGCAGUUCUGCUCCUACCAAAAAAAUGCCUACUGAAAGUCAAAAGGAUCUUUAUUUGCGUUUAUGGCGUAAUCAAGUGGCAUGUGUUAUGCGUUUAGUGCCACAAAUCCCAAGUGUUGCAGUACGUUGUGCAUCACCAGAUUUAAGUUUAAGUUUACAAGAUCAAUCGGAUUCGCGUUCUUUGUCCGAUUCCUUGGAUAAUAUUCCAUCAAAUGUGUUUGGGCCAGAGGGAAUUGUGACGCGUUUCACUCUACCGCUAUCCUAUGGUCGCAAAGAGGCGAGACAGAAACGACUUGGUUCUUCUCCUGAUUCGUUAAAUGCUGACCGCAGUGAUAAAUCGGCCAUGGGAUCUGCUUCACCACAGGCGCUGUACAAGCUUAUAGUGCCCUUGCUACGUUGCGAAGUUGUUGAUGUACGCGAUGCAGCCGUCAAUGCUCUGGGCAUGAUAAAUCAUGAUGCUUUGAAAGAUUUAAUGGAGGAACUCGUAGUGUAUAUACGUGAAGCUGUCGAUAGAAAGCAGGAAAAUAUGCGUCGCCGACGCCGACGUGACGCAUUGCGUUUACAAUUGGUGCGCGUGUUGGAAAAAAUUGCUGAGAAUGGUACUUUUGGGGUUAGUACUUGUGUUUUGGAACGAGAUACAAUGUCACUACAUCCAACUUUUGUCGAGUAUAUUGAAGGAGCAAUGCUUUAUUUAGUAGCGGAAACCGACAAAGACAAUAUUAGUAUACGUGAAGUGAAAGCACACUUUUGCAAUUUUAUACGAAAAAUGAUUAAAAACUUUUCAUUGGAGUCUUGUGCAACACUUUUAACUAGAGACUUAAAACGUAAUCUGUUUGAAUUAUUUGCUACCUGGUGUGGUCCAUUUUCGAAGCCUUUAGGUAUUACUUCACAAAUUGGACAAACUGCAGAAGAAGAAAAAUUGAAAUUCAGCGCUUUGCAGGCUAUGUCUGCGUUGUUGUGCUGUGGUCAUGUUUUUUCCACACCAUACCUGUCCGAUGAUGGAGUUAUUUACAAAUGGCUUGACAUGUUAUUGUCAUCUAAAGAUGAAAAGAUAUAUCAAUUGGCUCGUGACACAGUUGUGUUGUUACUUGAAUCUAAUCCUGACAUGGGUCAAUUACUUGAAUGGGUUAUUGAUCGCUGUUAUACAUCAGCACCACGCGAAGCUGAUGCCUGUUUUCUAUCAUUAGCUUCUAUAUUCAGUGCAAGAGAAUAUCCUUGUGAUCAUUACACUUCCGUUAUAACAGUAACGCUUUUGAUGACAGGCUGCCCGCGUGUAGAGGUGCAUUCCACUGCUUUACAGUUAUUACAAAUUUUGGAUAAGCGCUUUUUUGGUACCGUUGGUCCACUUCACACUGAAAAUGAAAAAGAAGAUGACAAAGUUGGCACUUUGGAUGUACUGCUUAGCAGUGCUUAUUGCAGAUCGCAACGGUUUAUCUCAAAGCAAUUAGCACAAUUGCGUCCCGAAUUGACAAUGUCGAUGUUUUCAGAAAUCACAUAUCGAUUCCAAACAGCUCGUGAAGAUGUGCGUGCUUUACUGUUGCAAUGUUUGUUGCCGUGGUUGCAAAAUAUGGAAUUGGUCGCUACAAGUGUGCCUCCGGCGACACCAUUGUCAUAUAUAAUGUAUUUUCCAGACUCCGGCACACGUGGGCGUCGUGAAGGUACAGGAUCUGCGGAAGCUACAGAAAUGAUUCUGAAUAAUCUCUUUUAUAUCACAGCAAAGUUUUCCGACUCCCAUCCGCGUGACAUCGAGGAGCUUUGGGGCACGUUAUGCCAAUUCUGGCCCAAUAAUCUCAAAGUGAUUUUACGUUACUUGGUUAUAAUGAGCGGUAUGGCUCCUAAUGAAUUACUUCCAUAUGCCAAACGUGUUGCCCUGCAUUUGGCGCGUACUUGUCCCGAUCGAUUGCUGGACGAAUUAAUGGCAGAACUUCAAACUGUUGAAACGCUAAAUUGCUUAAUUGAACGUACAGAAACGCCACCAUUUUAUCGUUUAACAAGCAUGCGAAAGGCAUCAAGUCAUUCAGCAGACGGCCAACCAGUAGGUAUGAAUGAUUCCCGUGUACAAGAAUUAACUGUGGAAAAAGGUACUAUUCACACCAAACGUCAUAGCGGUGAAGAUCCUAUUAAAACUGGAACAUGCAAAUCAGACAGCGGGAUACGUGCUUUUACGCAAACAACAAGUAGACCACCUCGAGGUGCUGACAAAAUACGCGCUGCUUCAGGCCCAUCCAUACUGCCGAGACCUGAAGAUAUUUUAAUCAAUGAUCCGGAGUUACGCCAAGAUGAAAACGUUGAGCUACGUUCUGCUGAACCACCGAUUGCACCACAUCCACUACCAAUGCCUGAGUAUGGUGGCUAUUUUGCCCCACUCACUGAAUUUCUACCUGAUGUCAGUUUGCCUAUUAGUGGUUUUCAUCGUUGCAACGUUGCGGUCAUGUUGUUAACGGAUAUUGUUGUUGAUGGCAUACCUGGCAUCGAUUGGACAUUGCAUUUACCCUUGAUGCUACACAUCCUAUUCUUAGGUUUGGAUCAUACACGCAUUAUUGUACGGGAACAUUGUAAGCAGUUGUGCAUAAAUUUACUGAUUGUUUUGGCUGAGCAUAAUGACAAUUUGACAGUGGCACGGAUUUUACUGAACAGUGAAACAUCGAAAUUGGAUUUAGGAUUGACUGUACCAUCCUUGCCAGUGAUUGAUAAUAAUUUUAUAGAAUUGCAUCAGGAAUUUGAUAGUUACUUAUUGAAUGUGAAUCAAUGUUGCAUAGCAGGAUUCCCAACAACACAUACGCUACAUGGCACACUGACGCAUAAUCCUACGACUUCCUCAGGAUUGCAAUUGACGACAAAUGCUUUAGGAACAACGAUGAGUGGGAAUAUAUUAAUAAAUCAAAUUGGCUAUCAUCAGAAUGUAAAUCAACAGCAUUUGGUAACCACUUUGGCAACAACUCAGCACACAAAUUUGCAACAACCGCCACCAAUGAAUCAGCAACAAAUACAAGUAGCACAAUUACCAACAGCACAAUCCCAACAAGGGUCGCCAAAUUUACAAAUUAAUCCUAACACUUCUGAGAACUCUGAAGUGCCACUUAUUAUAACAGAUGAAAACGUACCACCGCAGCCUGGUCCUACAAUGUUAAUUGCGCAUGUCAUUAAAAGUAUUAUUAAAUUUUUAGCUCAGGAUACUUGUCAGCCUCUAUGGAAUUAUGAAGAUAUAACAGCAAAAGUUUGGAGUAUUAAGUCUGCAGAGCAAUUGAGCUGUUUUCUGAAGCACAUGGUUAAAGUAUUUGCGGACAGUUAUCCACAGGCUCGCAUAGCCGAACGUUGGGCGCAAACUGCCCUACAACUUGGUUUAUCGUGUUCUUCACGUCAUUAUGCUGGGCGUUGCUUGCAAAUAUUCCGAGCAUUAAACGUACCUAUUAAUUCGCGUAUGCUAUCUGAUAUAUUAUCUCGACUAGUAGAGACAGUAGCUGAAACUGGUGAAGAUAUGCAAGGUUACGUUACCGAGCUACUUUUAACAUUGGAAGCUGCAGUUGACAGCUUAGAUUCCGAUUUUCGUCCUUUGGAUGUUAUGAAAGAUAUUUUCAAAAGUACUCCUAAUUUAAAUAAUAAAGACGGUGGUCCUAACUCUAUUUUACCAAACAAAAAAUCACCAUCAGGCAUGACACCCCAAUCACCAAAUUUCUCAAUAUCAAGUCAUGCAAGAAGUACAAGUUACUCAGUAUCAUACUGUGCCCGAAAGUCAACAAACUCACCAUGUGAUAAACAAGUUGAAUUACGCAAUCGUGCUUCCGGCAUUGAAAUGGAGAGAAAUGUGGCGAAAUUUGGCGGUUCGGCACUAUCUCGUUCCCGCAGCGCACAGAGUUUAAAAAUGUUGGGUGAUACUGCCACACAGGACGAUAAGAUGACAAUACUAGCGCAGCUAUUUUGGUUGUCUGUUUCACUUUUGGAAAGCGACUACGAGCAUGAAUUUUUGUUAGCAUUGCGUCUUUUAACACGUGUACUUCAUCGCUUACCAUUAGAUAGACCAGAUGCUCGAGAUAAAGUUGAGAAGCUACAACAACAAUUAAAGUGGACAGCAUAUCCUGGCGUACAUGCAUUAUUACUAAAGGGUUGUACACACACUUCCACUUAUGAGCCCACAAUAACUCUACUCUCACAGUUUGCACCUUUGCUCAGCUUACCAGUUUGUGAUCCCACUCAAAGUUGUGCAUUUCCCAUGAAUGUAAUAUCCUUGCUACCUUACAUGUUGCUACAUUAUGAAGAUGCAAAUGACAUUUGCAUUCGUAGUGCUGAAAAUAUAGCACAGGUUUCAUCAGAACUAGGUGCUAAGCUAGAGAAUUUGGGCACUGUUAUGACAUUAUACAGUCGGAAAACUUUUUGCAAAGAGUCUUUUCAAUGGACAAAGUGUGUAGUUAAAUACCUGCAUGAUACCUAUGCGCAUAUGGGUUUGCAUAUGCUAGCAUUUUUGAUUGAAGUGCUAGAAAAAGGACCACAACCAAUACAAGUACCAGUAUUGAACGUGAUACACUGCAUGUUACAUUACGUCGACUUAUCACCACCACAAGCACAAACUAUAAACAGUGACUUACUGCGUGCUAUUGGAAAAUAUUUGGAUAGUAUUAAUUGGAAGGAUGCUUUAAAAAUUUUGAAACUUAUUGUAACCCGCAGCUCUUCACUGCAGGUGGUACCACCGAGCGAAGGUGGCAGUGCCGGUUUAUCGUUCUCUUUCUAUGGCACAUAUCCGGACUCGGAUAUGUUUUGUAAAAAGGAACUUGCCGGUCGCACUAUGGAAUUUACUUUUGAUGUAUCACAAACACCACUUAUCGGCAGACGUAUUUUAUUGAAAACAGAUGAUAGCACGCCAAUUGGUAACAGCACAGGUACUGCUUCUACUUGCAGCACAACCACCACAACGACCACAAGUUCCACAGUAUUGAAUGCAGUGGUUGGUGGUGUUUGUGCUAUUAAUCCACAAUCGACAAUCGGUCAACGAAAUAAUAGCAACACAAACACACCACAAGCAAACAACAAUACAUCAGGCACAACUGCUCAAUUACAACAGAGUAGUGCCAGUGCAAUAGGUACAGGAACACCAAAUUCGCCACGUCGAAGUGCAAGUUUGUCGCCAGCAGAUACAGUGCCGUUAAGUGGCUGGAAGCGACCUUGGAUGUCACAAGGUCGUGUACGCGAAUGUCUGGUGAAUUUGUUGACUACAUGUGGACAACGUGUUGGUCUUCCCAAGUCUCCAUCGGAUGAUUUCAUAAACUCAAUUUGUUCUAAGGUUAUCUUCAGUCAAUCAUCAGACUUAAUGGAACGUCAAUCGUCUGCAGCGUCAUCUACUGAAGAAACUUCUGGACCGCAAGGUGAUCUCAGCAGCGGUUCACGACGUGAUGAUGGUCAACCAGAUUUCACAGUUUUUAAAGACUUUGACUUUCUUGAGUAUGAGGACAGCAUAGCUGGUGAGUCGACAGACAACUUUAAUUGGGGCGUUCGUCGUCAUCAGUUAUUUGAGGGUGAUGAAGAACGGUUUACGUCUGGCAGUGGUCUAGGUGGAGGUGGCUCCAUAAAAGGUGGACAGUCUUCGGCACUUGAAGACAGUUUUAGUGAUAAAACUCCUAUUUUAAGCAAACGAAGACGUCAAACAGCAGACGAUUCAUCCGAUGAAGAGGGAGAAUCCGAAUCACCAAUCGAUGAAGAUCAUCGACAAUCAUUUAUGAAGUCUGCCUUCAAUGUCGGCCCACCUACAUCAUUGAGUUUACGCGAACGACGGCGUAGAAAUUCUAUUUCGCGUAGUGAUACCAGUGGUUCUAGUGCUGGUGACUUAGGUGAUAUAACACCUUGUAAUGCGUCACCGCAUUUACGUUUUGGUACCACCAUACGCGACGAAGCGGAAGAAAAUUGGCGCAAACAACUGCAGGCGAUGUUGGUGAAUCAACCGUCAGCAUAUACAUCUGAAUUAUUAUUGCAACUGUAUCGGCUGAUUAAAGAGUUGACUUUUAAAACAAUUAGCAUAUCGAAGGAGGCAAAAAAAUAUUUUACUGGCAUCGGUUCGCAGUUGGGAAAUCGCAUAUCGCUUUUUACGGAUUUGCUUAGCUCACGCGCAGAUCCGCCUCGUGUAUGGUGCAAUGAAACACAAGUAACAACACCACGCUUGUAUGAAACUUUACGUUUCAAUGUGUUAGAAGUGCGCGAACAUUUGGAAACGUUUUUUGACAGAAAGGAUCAAGUGUUAGAGUGUCUGGACUCCGUCAAAGCAUCAUGCAAAUUGUCUUUGUUUAAUGAGAACGAUGUUGCUGCGUCAAGCAUGGAACUCGCAACUAAUUCUAACAUUAAUUACAUUUCUUUUGAUCCUGCAUAUACGGAAGUGGUAUUAGAUUUGGGUCGUUCCCUUUAUAAACUUAUGUUUCAAUUAUUGUUACUAUUAGAAUCGAAUCAUAAAAUAUCAUCGAAUAUCGUUAAUCACUUUAGAAUAAGUGAAUGUAUGAUCGACAAUUCAGAUUUAUAUUCUUUAGUGCGUGAUGCAUUGGUUCGCAGUUUGACUGAAGCAGAACUGGAGUCUUUGGACACUUCCACUUCAACUGAAGGAGAAGGUGAACAUACACCAACACCAUCACCUAGCUUGCCAAUGACUAGUGAAGAAUUCGAAAGCACAUUACAAGAAUUGAUUGACACUCAAAAGUGGUUUGCUGCAUUCACACAUGUGCGUCAAUACAAACGAGUUUCGCAACUUAUUGCAUCAAAUACAAAUCUAACAAUAUUUAGCUACAGUAAUUUGGACAGCCGCCUUAAAUUCGAUGAAAUGUCAAUUAUACUCAACACAUAUGCUCAAAACGUGAUGAAAGAACGAAUGGAAGCUUAUAUCGUUUCAAAAUCUGAUUCAGAAUUCUUUGAAGUAUAUGCAAAGUUGAAAGAGAAUCUUUAUCAUGUUUCAAGUGCACUGAAUACAAUGGACAAAGACAUGAAAGGUUAUUCUUGCAAUCCUGGAGCUUCAACUGGGCGUGGAGAUGGGUCUGAUAUUGUAACAAAUCUGUAAAUUACAUUUAAGUAUUAGAACUUGGAAGACUAUAAAAAUUACAAACAUACAAUUUAUAGAAUAUGUAUGAAUAAGUAUACUAUAGAUUAUUUUAAGCACAUUUAAAUUCAUUUAUGAUAUAUUUGAAGUCAGUCCAUCAUAUAAAUGUUAAAAGUUUCCUUUAUUUAGUUAAAAUUUAUUAUAAAAUCAAACAUCAACUUUUUAUUUAUAAUUUAGAUUAUAACAAGUUUAUUGCACAAUACAGUAUGCGUAGUAAUUUGUAAAUUAUAAUGUGGAAAAUAGUUAAGAUUAUUGUCAUUAAUGCUAAUGUUUUAUGCAAGUUUUUGUUUUAUAGUUGAAAAUUAUAAUUUUUUUGACUCUUAUAUAUUAUUGAAACUAUUUGCAUAUUAAGUAAAAACCUAUUUAAUACUUAUUAUAUAUUAAUAAAGUGAAGAGAAAUCGAAUUCAUAACAAUAGGCAUUUUCUUUUGUAAGCAUAUCACAAAAGAACAACUGCUUAUUUUAAAAAUAACAUAUAAAACAACAACACUGCUGGCUUAUUUACUCCAACCUUUUUGAAAUUGCUUAACUAAUAAGCAGCUUAAAUCGCACGGUUGCCAACACUAAAAAUGCAUCUAUUGUGAAAGAUUUUUGAAAGUACAUACAAAAUUUCCAGUUAACUGACAACGAAUGAUUUUGUUAAUUAUUCGUAUAUCGUGUCGCCAUU